CUGAUUGUUACGUAGAAUACUGUUUUGUCUGUUUUAGUUUUGCGUGUUUCUGUUUUGUUCUGUACUGUUAUUUUGUUAUAUACGAUCGUGUGUAUCUGGUGCAUUAUUUUUUUUAAAAUCGCGAAUUGAAUCGAUCUACGAGUUGAAGAAUAUUAUUCAAAUAUCGGAAAGAGCGAUUCCAAUGCGAAGUUAAAAGUAUACUGUAUACUUUGUACAUGUUUCGGACAAAAUGUAUUACAAUGUCGACGAUUACUCUAUAGUUGACGCUGCCAUUGGUGAAUCGAAUUCGAACGCAGCCGAAAACCGCCGUAAGGAUUUUCUCUGCGUUAGUUGAAAUCGCUCGCGUGUUAAUCGAGCCUCCGCUCUUGCAUUUUUUUUUCGCCCUCUUCUUCGCCGCCGCCGCGCCGCUGCUGCUGCUGACUGUGCCCAGCGACGACGUUACCCUGAUCUGCGUGAAGAAAGGGCCCUCGGACGCCCAAAUUUCAUUCGCCCCGUCCCCCUUGGCCCCACAAACCGCCGAAUGCAUUACACUGUACACGGUGACGUGAUAACCUGCGAUGAGCCAUGGUGAAAACGUUCCAGGCGUAUUUGCCCAAAUGUCAUCGUAUGUACUCGUGUAUCCAUUGCAGAGCACAUCUCGCUAAUCACGACGAGCUUAUUUCAAAGUCGUUUCAAGGCAGCCAAGGAAGAGCGUAUCUGUUCAAUUCUGUCGUUAACGUAGGUUGUGGUCCGGCUGAAGAAAGAGUCCUGCUGACUGGUCUUCACGCUGUGGCAGACAUAUACUGCGAAUGUUGCAAAACUACCCUCGGAUGGAAAUACGAACAAGCAUUUGACGCGAGCCAGAAAUACAAAGAAGGCAAAUACAUCAUUGAAUUGGCACACAUGAUCAAGGAAAAUGGUUGGGAUAGUCCUCCAAAGUAACUGGUAAUCUUUGCCCACGUGAUUGGAAUUUGCCAAGUGCUCGCCUCUGCUGUCCUCAUCCAUCUUCUGUGACUUCUCCAAUGGUUAAUGCACCCUCGAGAGUAGCACGAUGAUCGUUAAUUUGUGACCAGUCCCUCUGGAUAACUGACACGAGCGUGGUAUCUCCUCGCAUCAUGACCAUUGCUGACAUCGAAACCACCACUUUCAUUACUUUGGGCGUAAUGUGGAUGGCGUUUAAACCGAGUUCAAUAUUUUUCCAUCGUUAUGUAAGCUGAUAGUGAGCCUGGGCCCUCGUCCAUUUUCUUUUUUUUUUUUCGCAUUCCAAUGCACCCUUUGUUUUUCUUUGUCAAAUGAUCCUAAAGGAUCUGCCAUGCCAACGUCUGUUGUUGGAGCAGACUACAUCGAAUGAUUUGAUCUUGCGUCCAUUGUGAGACGAAAAAGUACAACAAUUAGGCGAUGCAGAUAUUCAAGAUGGACUCGUGUCUUUCGGGCUAGCUCUCCAUUCCUGCUAUUGCUGUCGCCUCUGUCACCACCGCAGCAUCUUCAUCAUUGGCAUCAUCAUCCUUUACACUAGUACACCGAAUGAUACACGCUUGCGUUGAUCCGAAUCUAAGAGUAACAGUUGACCACGUGCUCAUCGAUGCUGCUGCUGCGGUUCCAAUCAAAUAUAUGUUGAGCAUGCGGCUGAGCUGCGUUGCUUUGGCCGCAGAAAUGCUCAGAUCAAUAUGUGAUCAUCGUAACGGUACGCACCGUCAUCACACAACACUGCCUUCAUUUGCAAAAUAUAUACAACAUAAGUUCUAAGUCAACGCCAUCCUUUGCCGAACCUUCCCCUACCGGAGGUUCGACAUUAUUGUACUUCUAAAGGGUGAACCGCCACUAAGCCAGAAGUAUGUAGAUUUUUGACCUUAUGUAUCUUCUAUUACGAUAGGCAAUUUCCCACCAGAUCUCUCCGUUUCACUAAUAAUUUUUCAUGUAGUAUCUUUUACCCUACCCUACCUACCACGCUUGGAACUUUCAGCUUGUUUGUUUUAUUUUGUUUUUUUUUUCUUCUUCUUCUUCUUCUUCGAUGUAAUUUGUAUUUUGUAUUGCGAUAAGACGUUGCAAAAAUGUCAAAAAUAAACUACGGGAAAAAUUAGUUAUUAGAGCAUAUAGAGGUAGACUUAUAUAUUUGAAUAUCAUUCGAUGGAAAUUUUUUCACGUUUAUAUUAAUUCCCUCCUGGACCCAUCUCCCCCACCUAUGCGUUCCCCAGUCCCUCUUCCUUACCCUUUUUUUUUGAGCUAUUUGAUACUUCAUGUGUUUGUCAUCGCGUUGUAGUCAAAUCAAUGUAGGCAGAUGAAUCUUUGAAAAAUCAUUUUUUGGGGGUUGAAGCUUUCUGUUGUUUGAAUAUUUUAUCUAUGAGAUGAAUCAUCUCUUGCAGUGUUACUAUGAUUUUGAAAAUGUGCUCUCCCUGAUAUAGAAACUGGAGUGUUGAGACAUUUCUAUUCAAAAAAGUUGAAUCAGUAAUGAUUUCUUACUAAUUAUAAAGGUUCACUGAUUGGAUUAGUGAAUAACUAAUCAGUAAAUUACUAUGGCCUAAUUUAACAAUUUAAUUCAGACUACACCCCUAUACCUAAAGAGUAAAGACACAAGAAGUCCAGCUUAUUGGAAUCGAGUUGUGACGAGAUACAUUUGAUUCUAUAAACUGGAGUGUUUUUAAAUACUUUUUCAGUUUUUUAGUUGCAUUUAGUCCAUGUUGUAAGCAAGUUUGCUUAUAACACUAUUUGGCUUAUAGUGUGGAAUUUUCUCAGUUCUUUGAAUCUAGAUAUUGGGAGAUUUUACUGUAGUGAUUCUGUUAAUGAUCUUGACUAAUUGCAGGGAUGCUGAUGAUAUUUUCCCUCAAGAUAACUGAGUACCUACUUAAUUGAUUGAAAAAAUGAACUAUCAGAAUUUAUCAUUAUCGGAAUAAAAAUAACUUGUGAUCUUUUUUGCAAGAAUUGCUGAGGUAAAUGCAAUAAAACAGACACUGCGCAUGUCAAAACUGUGGGAGGAGCUUAAUCCGAAAACACAACAACCUCCCUCCAUCAAAUUCCAUCUAUAACAAUCGAGGAAUGCAAAAGCCGUGAACUCAAGAUAUUUGAUGUCCCACCAAAUGAGCAGGAAGUCUUUAUCGAUAAUAAUGGCUAUGCCAGAGUUAAGGCCGACGGCGCCUGUUCCAAAAAUGGCUCACUCGAAGCCAUCACUGGAAUAGGAAUUUGUUUUAAACUGGGUUCACCUGCUAACAUAUCAGAUAGGAUAGUAAGCAUUGAAUUCCAUAAUGGACAAUAGUGAUCCUUGCGGAAAAGAUCUCAAGUUGUUAGUGUUGCAAUAUCUUGAUAAUUGUGAUAAUUUGAAACAAUCAACUAACAAUCGAAAAUACAGUGCAAGGUGCCCGCAUAGCACAAGCGAUAUUAAAGUUGAUGGAAAAGACGAAAUCUCUAAUCCAUCACUUGUUGACCCUCAAAAUCGACUGUCGUCUCCCUUCAUUUUUUGUCUCGACAAGGUCUCGACAUUGGUGUCAUGUUUUUGAGUCUGAAAAAAGCAAAUUUUGAUUGAAAAAUGUGCGAAAUGUGCCCAAAACUCUUUUUUUGAUUCAAGUAAAAUUAUUCUCAAAAAUAUUUCACCCUAAAAAAAUUAUUUGAAAGAAAAAAGUUGCCCUGGGUAGGGAUCCAACCUAGGUUGCCAUUCACUUCUGUCACAUUCUCUAACCACUAGACCAUUGCUGCUGUUGAGUGGAGAGGCCUUAAAAGAAUAUUCAGUCCAUCAUAUUCUGGACUUGGAAAAUUUUUCUUAUUGUAUUGUCGACUCAGACAUCGACAAAUGAGUUGGCAACACUUCAAAAUUUCUGAAAAUAUUUUAUAGAUCUUGUAAUCAACAUUAACUUCCUCAUCAAUAUUAACCAGAUGGUUGAUGUUGAUCACAAAAUCUACAGAAGUAUCUACUUGAUGACGACAUUUUGUAGAUACCUUUGUAGACCGUAUAAUCGAUAUAAAAAUUCAGGUUGUCUUGCCAAUGCCAAAGUUGAUGACAAUUAGAUCAACAAAAGUAACUACACAAGAUUAAAAUUUUGUAGAUGCUUUUGUCGAUCUUAUAGUCGAUAUUGACUUUGGAUUGACAAAACAACCCAAAUUUCAAUAUUGAUCAUGGGUCUACAGAGGUAUCCACAAUAUAUCAAAAUCUUGCACAUGACUGUAGAUACAAAUGUAGACAGCAAUGACAACUAUCAGCAUUUUCAUCAUACUUUUUGAAAAUAGAGUACAUUUUUAAUCAAUUAUCUUAAAUGUAGUUAAAUUAACCCCUUUGUGGAUAAUGUUCCGACUUUUUUUAAUCAACAAUCAUUUAAAAUCAUGUCAAUGUUUUUGUCGAGGCCACUGACAAUCUUGUCAGUGCUAGCGGGUGCUUACUAUUAUCACAGUUAAUGUUUUCAAUCGCUUAAUGUUAUUAAAAUCAUUUGGUCCCAAUCUUUUAUAUCUAAUUACGUAGAAAUUCCAUCAGUUAAUUCAAUCUGACUCUAACCCUGUUGACAAGAAAUAUGGGUUUUAGUCUCACUUUUCAGCUAUUACGCCCACGAUUUUUCAAAUCAGCUCCCUUUUUUCAAAUCCUCUGUUACUCUAUUCUACCUGAAACUGGUUUUGUUGAAGUAGACCAUGUUUUAUUACUGCAUCUGCACCGUGUUUAUUCCAUCUCACACUCCAGGGGGUCUUUCAUAAAAGCAAUUAAGCACUGUCCCUAUUGACAAGAAGUGACCGAGUAACACCACACUUUUUGUCAAUAGGGGUGUUUAUGUGGUUAUGCCGGGCAUAAAUGCACCAACAAAUGCGGUCUCACUUCUACGCGUGUAACCACGUUUUUCUUGUCAAUAGGGGAGCAUCAGAUAAUGUUAUCAUUUUUAACUGAUUUUAAUGGGGUUUCUCGUGUUUUUAUAUAAUUUUAAAAUGUUUUAACACUUUUUCACAAUGUUUUUGCGUAACUUUUCUGAUUGACAUCAUUUUAAAUACUUUAUUCCAAUUUUUUAACCAAUUUCAAAACUUUAUUUCAUGGUUUUUAUGUCAUUUUAACAUGUUUUCAACACGUUUUCUUCCAAUUUUUGUUGAAUUUUGCUAAAAUUUGUGAUUUUUUCCAACGUUUGUAGAUUAGUCAAAAUUGAACGCCGCAAUUCUUAUAAGUGGGACUCACUAUCCAAUAACAAAAAAUUAAGAAAGUACAGAAUACCUGUAUCCUUACUCAACAUUUUUGGAAUACCAUAUCCAAUAACUGUAGGUACCUGAUUCUCUGAGAAGAAAAUCUAUACCCCAUGCCCAUACUUGGACUCAAAAUCAUCCAGGUUCAAAGCCCUGAUAUUACCAAUUCAGUAGACCAUUUUCACCGAUUGGAUCAAUAAUAAUAAUGAUUACUGAUUUAGUUGGGAAAUAUCACUAAUUGAAUGGGUAAUAAUCACAAAUUUAAUUGGUAAUUUUCACUGAUUGGAUCAGUAAUGAUUGUUCAUCAAUUCAGUAAUUCUCAAUGAUAUGAUCAGUGAUAUAAAUAAUUCAGUUAAUAAUCUUUACUGAUCAGAUCAGUAAUGAUCAAAUAUUCAGGCAAUUAUCAAUUCCGUCGAUGGAAUUAGUAAUAUUGUGAUGAAAAUCACUCAAAGUAAUCUAACAUCUCUAACUCAAAAUUUUUUUUUUUUGACUCUUGGCCAAUUUUUUUCUAUUCUUCAAAAUUUCUGCUUGCUCUCUCGAUGGAGGUAGAUGACUCCGUGUCUGCACUCUUCAAAGCUCAUUUUUUAAAUUCAUCUUCAAAAUGAUGGUAACACUGCAAAUUAUGUUCUCACUCCCAUAAUCAAAUUUUUAGUUAACUUAAGCCUUCUGGAUGUAUUUUUUUUUGAAUAUAUUUUCAGAUUUUGACUUUAAGGUGUAAAAAUAGUUCAGAACUAUAUUUCAUUCCGUUUUAAAUUUCUUACAACUUUGAAACAACUGUUUUUUUCUAACAGCUUUUAAAUUUUUGAUAAGUAUGAGGUGAUGAGGGAUUUUUUGAAAGACUGUGAUUGAUUUGACCUGAGAAAUUCUUAAAGAUGAUGCGAAUUUGUAUUGAACUCAUUUUACUCUAUAAUCAACCCCAAAAUGCCAAUGCUCGAGUAACAGGGCAGAAGUAAGAAAAAUCUUCCACAUUUACAAUCAUCUCCCAAAAAAUUUUCAGCUUCUGAUUUUUAUACUUAUACAUUUUGAUACAAAUUUGCCUACAACGAAAGCCAAAAAAAAAAAGAAAAAAAAGUGUAAUUGUGUGUACUUAAAGUAGUAAUAUUUUUUUAUACUGCUUAUUAUUAUCAUUUAUUAUUAUUACGUUCGUAAUGAUUUUUUAAAAAUAUUUUUUCUAUUUUCCUUUUUUUUAUUUAUUAAAUUAAUUAACUGUUAUUUAUGUAAAACGUCGUGUACCUUUUCAUUUGUAAAUAUUUAAUACCUACCUACCUAAGUACCUACCGAAGUAGUGUCGACGAAAGGUUUGAGAAACCGUCUGUAAUGUUUUUCUUUCAAUGCAAAGUAAAAAAAAAAAAAUUACCUAUAUAAUAAUAUUCUAUUAUAAUACAAAAUCGAAAACAAACAAAAAAAAAAGGAAACGGUAAUGAAUAAGUUUAACUUAAAUUUAAGUAUUCGUCGCUAUAAGUGGUUAUAUGUGUGCUGUGAUAAGUGUAGUUAAGUACCUAUUUUGUAAAAUAGUUUAAUGCUUGGAGAACUUAUAAGUGAUCUUUGUUUCUUUUUCCUUUUUUUUUUUCUAGAUUCGUUUGUAUUUUACGUACCUAAAUAAAUUUUUUUCUCUUUUUCUAAUUUUAACAACGUAAGUGGGGUUUUCAAGCAUCGCAUCGCGUCGCGCUUUUUCAUUUCAAGUUUUACCGACUUUUGUGUUUUUUUUUUGUUUUGUUUUUACCUCACCACGUCGAAAAUUUAAUAUACCUAGUUAGCUACGAGAUUUUUUACUUUUUAGAAUAGGUGCCUGCUACCAUUUUUUUUCUUCUUUUACCCCCCUCAGCCGGUUAUAUUUUUUUUCUUAUUUUUAGUUCCUAUUAUUUUUUUUUCCAGUAUGAUAGAACUGUGGUCUGUUUGUUGUUUGUGCUGGUAAUUGAGUCGAGAUGAAAGUUUGGGUUGUUGCGAGGAGAUCGUUUGGGAGGUUUUUCACUUUGUCGUUUUGCCCGUUGUCUUUCAUUUUACCUAACUAAUUUUUCCUUCUCAAACCUUCUCCUCUUGUGUUUUUUUUUCGUCACUUUUCAACGAGUCUGUUGCAGAUUUUCUGGUGUAUUGAAAUUUGAAGUGUUUGGGAUUUUAAUUCAAAUAAUUCACAUUUUGAUACCUAAGUACUAAUAAUGACAAAUUUUUAAAAUUUUGAGUGUUGUCCCUUCCCUGACAAAUUAAAAAUGAAACCCACAUUUUGACCCAGUACCACGAAUUUAGAUUUUGAUUAGCUUUGCUCCUCCUUCCCCUUCUCCUCUUUGAGGGGUUUGGCUUCAAAUGAUUUCAAAAAUGAAUUCAGCAACUUUAAAAAUUCAUAUUCAAUUGUUUUAAAAUUUAAAUGUAAGAUUUCAAUUUUGAUUGGAUUAUGAUGAAAGUAAACGAAUGUAAGAAGGAUAAAGAUUGGUGCCCCAAAAAAUCGAAAUUCGUCAUUUUGAUUAUUUUUGCACGUUUUGAACUAUGGUUACUUGGAAUAUGACAUUUUUCAGAAGAAUAAAGGUGGGGAGGAGGGUUAAAAAUUACUCAAAAUUUGGAAAAUCGGUGCUUCUGUAAAUUUUACUAAUUUAUUCAUCGUGUUGUCUUCUUCGGUCCUGAAAAAAAAUGUAAUAACAAUAAACAGCCUUCAGAAAAUAAUAUCGAUUUUGUAGGGCCCAAUGAGAGGGGCAGGGGCCUUCAUGCGCCUUAAAAUAUUCUGAAAUACUGAAAAUUUGUCAAAGUAUAAAAUUUAUGUUGAUGACUUUGAAUGAAUCACGUUUGGAUUGUGAAAUUUUUGACACGAUGGAAGAUAGGGGGGGGGGGCUUGAAUACUUUUGAAAAUUUCGAAAAUUUGUGCUUCGGUACUGUGGCCUCAAAAACCAAAAAUGUAUAGAAAGUGCCCAUCAAAAAAGUUCUUUGACUUUACAGGGUCCCAUGUGGCAACAGGAGGGGUUCUAUGUGCCCCAAAAUACUUGAAAACUGUGAACUUUUUUCAUGAAUUUUAAUCAUACUUGAAGUGUGAAGGUCUUGACAAAAUAGAUGGGGGAAGGGGGGGGGUUGAACGCCUCAGAAAAUUAAAUAUUGAAGUCUCAGUAAUUUUCACAUUCAUCAUAUCGACGUUUUGGCCCUAAAACCAAUUUUGACUCUAAAAAGGCACCAUUAAAGAGACAUAUGCCCCCAAAUCAACUAAAACUGUACAAAUCUGCCGAGUUAUAGAGCUUUUUUGAUGAGGGGAGGGGGGAGGGGGGUUGAAUGCCUCAGAAAAUUGAAUAUUGAAGUCUCAGUAAUUUUCAUAUGCAUGUUUUGUCAUCGUAUCGACUUUUUGGCCCUAAAACCAAUUUUGACUCUAAAAAGGGCACCCACAAAAGAGACACAUGCCCCCAAAUCAACUAAAACUGUACAAAUCUACCGAGUUAUAGAGCUUUUUUGAUGAAUUUUAAUCACUUUUUCAGCAUGAACGUCUUGAAAUAAUGGGAGGGUGAAAGGGAAGGGGUGAAUUGUCCGCAAAAUUUUGAAAAUCAGUGCCUCGGUGAUUUUUACACAUUUUGUCAUUGCGUUCACUUCUCUCAAAAAGUAAUUUUGACUUUGUGAGGUCCGAUGAGAAAAAUAAAGAGGCUCAUAUGCCCCACAAUUUUCCAAAAUAUCGAAAACCGACUAUUAGAAAAAAAGAUUUCACUUUAUAGAGUUUCCUGAAAUUAGUGGAGGGGAGGGGGAGGGGGGUAAAUGUGCAUCAAAAUUUGGAAUUUGGUGGAAAUUUCUCUAUGUGAGGAUUUCAACGAAGCGUUGACUUUUUCUACCCUAAAAUUUGAUAUCACGAAUGAGCGAAUCUCUCAGACCAAUUUUUUCCUCAAACAUUAGGGGGAGGGGGGAGUGUUGUGGCCAAAAAUUCUGAAAACUGCGAUCAUUUGCCCAACUAAGAAAUCGUUUUGAUUUAAGAAUUGAAAAAGUAUUCGAAUUAGAUGAAUUUUUGGUGGUUUCCGAAAAUUGUGGAACCCCCCCCCCCCUUCUGUAGUUCUCUUAGGGUAAAACUUAUUCUGUGAGGUUAAUUUUUCCAAGAUUUCUCUAGUUUUUGAGAUUUGAAAAUGAAUAAAAAAGUACUGCUUUUUCAAAUUUUUGGCAUUUUACCCUUCUCUUCCCCUCUCCUCUUCCUUGACACUCAAACUUCAAGUUUUCUGUCCGAAAAUGAAUCUGUUUUUCAAGUUUUUGGAUUUUUCGGGGUUCACAACUCCCUCUCUUAGUUCAUCUUUUAUCCUGAAAUUUUCGAGUCUCGUUCCCUCCUCACCUCACUUUACCAUUUGCAUUAAAAAAUGCGUUUCAUCUUACGGUUCGAAUAAAAAUUAGGUUACAUUUUUUGAUUGGCAGACUCGUUGUGGGUGUUUUUUUUGUCAUGUCACGUCAUUGAUAAAAACCACAAGUCAAUGUCUUUCCAUAAAGCAGUUUCAAAUUGCAUUCUCCAGCGGCGAAGUCGUCCUUCGAACUGAUUCGUGUGUAUGCAAUUCUUCCAUGUACUCGAAUGUAGACCUAUCCUCAAACGAAAGAGAAAUAGCGGUACCUAGAAUUGUGAAUAGUGAUGGACGGAUGUUGAAAAAUUAUUGUAUAUACUCGUAUUUUUGACGAGCACCGAACAUCGUUUUGACUCGAGCGUUGGCGGGAGGUCAGUUCAGUCAGUUGUUAAUGAAAUUAAAAUAGCAUUUAUUCGUCGUCGUGUACUCGUGUAUGUACUUGGGAUUUGGGCUUAGGAGGGGGCUACGUCAUCAUCGAUGGCGUUAACUAUAGUGUAACAAAAUCCCGUUAUUUCUGGUACCGAGACUUAGGAGAAGAGAUGGUUGAGUUGAUUUGUGAGGAGUCGGCUGGUCUGCGACGACGACGAGGGAGUCUUACCUAGUAUUCCAGCGAGUUGAAGGAAGAAGAGGAGAGAAGCUCGUAUCAUUGAAUACGAUUCGUAAAGCUGAGCUGGGUCUUCAAGGACGAAAUUGUACACGAAUGGCGGACUAGUUGCUGUAGUAAAAUUUACGGUUAGGUUAUGAUUCUCCUAACUGAGAGAGAAUUUCAAUGUACAUAAAAGGUGAAGGACCUCGUCUUUUUUAAUUACCAGUACAUUUUGCCAAAGUUGUAACGUAUGAAAGAGAACCACGGUUUUAUGACCUGUUGAUGAACGAGCUGUUUAUUAUUAUUUUUUUUUGUUAAAUUUCCGUUCGAGUUGAAAAUUUAUUUCGUAUAUAAAUUCGUAUUAUAGCAAUAUAUAGGAUACUUACCAAUCACGUGUACUUAUUGGUUGAAAUGAAAAAAAAUCGCAGCUUCCAGCUUUCCGCUGACUGGUGUACCUUAAUUCUAGUCUAUUUAUAAUUUUUUUUGCGUUUUUUUUUCUAUUUGUUUAUUUUCUCGAUCCCUUUUUUUUUUAAUCAUCUAUUAUACUGUUCAAUGUGUACCUGUGUACCUGGUCAAUAUUUAUACAACGAUAUGUAGGCGCCUUUUACUCGUACCUAUAUUUGAUGUGCAACACGAAUCUAAUAAUUUUCUGAUCUCGUAAAAAUGUCCUAUACUUAUUACUAUACGUACUCGUAUUUCAUAAUGGUCUCUUUCCGCCUCUCUCUCUCUCUCUGUUUCUCUGUGUGUGUUUCUCUUGUCUCUCUCUGGGGAGAGACUUUCAUAGUGUUCGAAAAACAACAACAACAACAACGACGACGACAAUGAUUCGUAAAAGCAUUCGAGCAAUAAUUCAGAUAAGAAGAAAUUAAUUUUCGAACCGUUAUCUCGGAUGUUGUAAUCCAUAACACACCGUUCAUUUCAUAUACGCGUACAAUAGUAAUUUACUGUAUAGAUUUUAAUGUUUAUGUACGAGUAGUUCGAAAAUAGUACUAUACCUACCUAUAUUACUAUAUGUAUGUACGAUGAUAAAAUUCGUGUUUUUUCUUUUUAUUAUUGUUGACGUGUGUACUCUGUAUAUUAUUCGUAUGUAUAUGACGUUUGACAAUACAACACCCACUGAAAUGUAA